GUGACACCAUCGACAUCAUCUAGCAGUGUGACACUAUCUACAACAUCAACAUCGUCUAGCAGUGUGACACCAUCUACAAUAUCGACAUCAUCUAGCAGUGUGACACCAUCUACAACAUCGACAUCCUCUAGCAGUCCAACAUCUUCCACAACAUCGACAUCAUCUAGUAGUGUGUCACCAUCUACAACAUCGACAUUAUCUAGCAGUGUGUCACCAUCUACAACAUCGACAUCAUCUAGCAGUGUGGCACCAUCUACAACAUCGACAUCAUCUAGCAGUGGGUCACCAUCUACAACAUCGACAUCAUCUAGCAGUCCCACAUCUUCUACAACAUCGACAUCAUCUAGCAGUGGGUCACCAUCUACAACAUCGACAUCCUCUAGUAGUCCCACAUCUUCCACAACAUCGACAUCGUCCAGCAGUGUGUCUUUAUCUACAACAUCGACAUCAUCUAGCAGUGUGUCUUUAUCUACAUCAUCGACAUCAUCUAGCAGUGUGUCACCAUCUACAACAUCGACAUUAUCUAGCAGUGUGUCUUUAUCUACAACAUUGACAUCAACUAGUAUUGUGACACCAUCUACAACAUCGACACCGUCAACUGGCAGCUCUAAUACAGAAGUGAUUGUUGAAUUUGGAUUAAAACUCGAAAACUUGAUGUACGAAGAAAACAUGAAGAACGAAAGUUACUGCAGGGAGAAAUUAAGUGGGGUAAUAAAUGAGGUUGAAAAGAAUGGUAAUACAGCGGUCAAGAAAGUGGAGUGCUUGCCAGGCAGCGUUAUUGCCAACAUGGAAGUAGCAGUUGCUGACGAGCAGGCAGCCAACACAUUCGUACAAACAAUGAAUGAAACUGUGAAUUCAGGUUCGAUUGGAAAUUUCACGGUUGAUUCGAAUUACCCAUUGGGGGCUAAUAUCACCAUCACUAAUUCUACGUCAUCAUCUAUUAUGGCAUCAACGAUGGCAAUCACCAUUUCGACAAUGACAUCCACUAGCAGUGUGGCACCAUCUACAACAUCGACAUCAUCUAGCAGUGGGUCACCAUCUACAACAUCGACAUCCUCUAGCAGUCCCACAUCUUCCACAACAUCGACAUCGUCCAGCAGUGUGUCUUUAUCUACAACAUCGACAUCAUCUAGCAGUGUGUCUUUAUCUACAUCAUCGACAUCAUCUAGCAGUGUGUCACCAUCUACAACAUCGACAUUAUCUAGCAGUGUGUCUUUAUCUACAACAUUGACAUCAACUAGUAUUGUGACACCAUCUACAACAUCGACACCGUCAACUGGCAGCUCUAAUACAGAAGUGAUUGUUGAAUUUGGAUUAAAACUCGAAAACUUGAUGUACGAAGAAAACAUGAAGAACGAAAGUUACUGCAGGGAGAAAUUAAGUGGGGUAAUAAAUGAGGUUGAAAAGAAUGGUAAUACAGCGGUCAAGAAAGUGGAGUGCUUGCCAGGCAGCGUUAUUGCCAACAUGGAAGUAGCAGUUGCUGACGAGCAGGCAGCCAACACAUUCGUACAAACAAUGAAUGAAACUGUGAAUUCAGGUUCGAUUGGAAAUUUCACGGUUGAUUCGAAUUACCCAUUGGGGGCUAAUAUCACCAUCACUAAUUCUACGUCAUCAUCUAUUAUGGCAUCAACGAUGGCAAUCACCAUUUCGACAAUGACAUUCACUAGCAGUGUGGCACCAUCUACAACAUUUACACCCACUAGCAGUCAAAUAUCUUCCACAACAUCGACAUCGUCAAGCAGUGUGUCACAAUCUACAACAACGACAUCAUCUAGCAGUCCCACAUCUUCCACAACAUCGACAUCGUCCAGCAGUGUGGCACCAUCGACAACAUCGACAUCAUCUAGCAGUGUGUCACCAUCUACAACAUCGACAUCAUCUAGCAGUGUGGCACCAUCUACAACAUCGACAUCAUCUAGCAGUCCCACAUCUUCCACAACAUCGACAUCGUCCAGCAGUGUGGCACCAUCGACAACAUCGACAUCCUCUAGCAGUCCUACAUCUUCCACAACAUCGACAUUGUCCAGCAGUGUGUCUUUAUCUACAACAUCGACAUCAUCUAUAAGUGUGUCUUUAUCUACAUCAUCGACAUUAUCUAGCAGUGUGUCACCAUCUACAACAUCGACAUUGUCAAGCAGUUUGUCACCGUCUACAACAUCGACAUCAUCUAGCAGUGUGACACCAUCUACAACAUCGACAUCAUCGAGCAGUGUGUCACCAUCUACAACAUCAACAUCAUCUAGCAGUGUGACACCAUCUACAACAUCGACAUCAUCUGGCAGUGUGUCUCUAUCUACAACAUCGACAUCUUCAAGCAGUUUGUCACCGUCUACAACAUCGACAUCAUCGAGCAUUGUGACACCAUCUACAACAUCGACAUCAUCUAGCAGUGUGUCACCAUCCACAACAUCUACAUCAUCUAGCAGUGUGUCUUCAUCUACAACAUCGACAUCAGCUAGCAGUUGUUUCACCAUCGCCAACAUCGACAUCAUUAAGCAGUGUGACAUCAUCUACAACAUCGACAUCAUCUAG